CGACCAAGCCACCCAGGCGCCCCUGUUUUAGUUUUUAAAUUCCAUUUAACAUACAGUGUUAUAUUAGUUUCUGGUGUACAACAUGGUGAUUCGACCCUCCCAUACGUCACCUGGUGCUCAUCACCACAAGCGCGCUCCUGGAUCCCCAUCACGUAUUUCACCCAUCCCCCACCCACCUCCCCCCUGGGAGCCAUCCGUUUGUUCUCUAUAGUUCAGAGUCUUUUUCUUGGUUUGCCUCUCUCUCUCCUCCCUCCCCCACCCUUCUUUGCUUCAUUGCAGAUUAAUCAAGUUUUAAUUGUAGGAUUUAAGCCAAGUCCACCGCUGCAAGCUGUGUAUAUGAUCUACUGCAGGGACCCGAGGGCCCCUUGGAAAGGGACUUAUCCAGGCUGGACUCAACCAACCUGCAGGAAGAACCUGAGACAAAUAAACAUCUGAAUGAAAACUAGUUCACAUUUUAUUGCUGUUCCCUGAAACUACACUCUGGUCUUCAUUAAAAAAAAAAAAAAAAAAAAAAAGAGAAUCGAACACAUUAGCCUUGUGGGAUGAUUUGAUUUGGUUGUUAGUAAAACUUUUCAAAAAUUUAUGACUUUUUUUAAUUUUAAAAGUUAUUUGCUUUAAAAAUAAGGUAAAAUUUCUGUAGUUACAAUUGAGUUGUGUAUUCUCAAAACGAGGCAAGAUGAAGCAUUCCUCAAAUUUUUAGAUGUGUCUGUAACCAUCCUCAACACUGGAAGCCCUUAUUUUUGGUUAGGUAAGGCUUAAGUGAAUGUGUUGUGUUAAAAAACAGAAUUCAACUGAGUAAAUGUUAAAGAUCUUAUUGGCUUUUUCCAGUGAUUUAUGAUCCGAACAGCAUCCAAUCUAGCAGAUAGAAAGGAGCUCUGAGGAGUUUGUACCAAAGAAAAGACUUUCAUAGGCAGAAGGGAGCAGGAACAAAGAAGUUCCACUAGGCAAAAAAGCAGAUUGAUUAUUUCAAAGGGGUCUAUCAGGCGGAUUACCCAACUAGUGCUGAUCUGGUGAUUUCUGAGUGACUAGAGAUUCCAUUUCUGAGAGAGCCAAAACGGUAAUGAAGUCUCUGUUGGGUGACAUGAGGCUUCGCAUAAGUGGCUCCAUUUGGGGCCUGUUGUCUUGUUUUUAACAGUUGGCUGUGGAUUUUAGAGUUACAAGUGAGGUAAAAAGCUGAUUGUUGUGAACUCUACCUCACCCCCAUAUUCUUUGUAGUGAGAUCUGAAUGAGGAAGUAAGAUACCCAGGAUAGCCGUUAGGCAAGUAUUUAUGCCCCACUGUUGUUUUUUUUUUUUUUUUUUUUUUUUUCUUUCUUUAACUCUGGGGAUUUUCUCUUUCUUAAGAAUCUGUGUUUUCUGGGGUUUUGAAUUUGCCUAGCAAUUGCUAUGAAAGAUAGAAAAGAUAAUGAGCUGAACGGCUGGAAUUUGACACAAGAAUAAUGGUUUUCUUUGUUUACCUUUGCAUGAUUUGUAAAGAGUGCUAAGCUUUUGCUUUUUUAAUCUUUUACGUUUUGUUCUUUUUCCCUUUGUAAAAACUCCAUAUGUGUUACUGGACUCUUCUGAAAUACAAAAUAUUCUGGAAAGCUUUCUACUACUCACACUCCUAUGGCUUCUCAUUCUCAUUUUAUCUCUUGUUCCCCCACUUAGAGGACUUGGGUUUUGUAAUGUGCACUCUGAAGUGUGAAACCUACUUGGAAAUUUGGUUUUCCGUGAUUAAGAAGGUGCUUGUAGAGUUUUGUCUUUCGUAUAGUUGUUUGUGUCAAUGGCAUGAACAUUUUGUGAACAUCUCUUAAAAUGGAGUCCUGCACACUUCAGGAAUGGUUAUGUCAAGAUUCAGGAACAUCUGUGAAGAUGUUCAGGAGUGAUUACACAGGCACCACUGGGGAGGGAGGAGACUCUACGGGGCUCCACCUGUGCACGUGGGAGGCACAGAAGACCCUUCUGCCCUCUAGACCAUAUUUCUGCUAUGGGCUUUUCUCCUCCUCUCCAUCCUACCCUGAUUUUAGGGCCGUUGUGAUGAGAAUGUUCUACAAGUAGAACCCGACUCAUGGGAAAGGGUCUUUAUAGCCACUCUUGUGAGAUGAGAUAAUUUUUUAAUGAUGUGCUAUCGGUUCUUAGUGUAUUUGCCUUGGGCUUGAACGUGACUGCCAUUGUAAAGAUACUUUGCUUUGCCGCAUUGGGGGAGAACACAAAUUAAAAAAAAAAAAAGUUCGCAUCUUAUUCAGGCUUUUCUUGAUUUUUGUUUUGGCUGUACCUAAAUUUGACACAUGAGAACAGAUGUUCUCUGAAGGCCAGGAGUGGUUUAUUAAACUCCUAGUCAUUCAGUGUUAUCCAGGUAUGUGUUUGCUGAAAAGUAAUAAUCCUAGAAGAAUGGCUGUAGAACAAAAUCAGCUACCAGAGUAAAAUCUUUCUAUCUAAAAUCUAAAAUGGCACUUAAAAAUCACUAAAGAUAUUUUAUUCAUUAACAUUUUCUUAUUUUAAUGAGAUCUGGAGAGGCUUUUGAAAAUUACUUUGUAGCCAGUUUGGUCUGUAAACUGAAAGACUGUAAGGAAUAACUAAUAAAAAGUAAAACAGCUGUCAUCGAAUACUCUUCAUAGGCAAAAGGCUUGAUGUAGAAAAUCCAAAGUAGGGUACAAAGUAGACUGCAUUUGUUGGGACAUAUAAUAGCAACCCCAGGGGGACUUCCUUAACAUCUGGGCUUAAUGUUACCUUUUGUUUUUUAUUCUGAUAGAGAUGAAAAAGGUAUUUCCACCUUCAAAUCCCCGAAUAAGCCUAUUUAGUGGAGGGAAAUUGGAUACUUAGCUUUGGACUGUUUCUGAGCGCACAAACCUCUGAUCUAGUCCAUCCCUCUCAAUUUACAUGACCAUGAGGAAAUGGAAACCUAGGGAGGUUGAAGGACUUACCCUGGGACAGGCAGCUAGCUAGUUCCUGCUUGAACUGGCGACUAUCUAUUGGUUACCGCUAACGCCGCGUUUUCUGCCGCCGGCUGGGUAUGCAACCCCGUCCUGGUAAAUUGUAGCAGCGAAUGGUGCUACACCCCUUGAUCUCAGAAAUAAUCAGAGGGGGAAAAGACUCUCUUUUUUUCAUACUUCAGGAGAUAAUUUUUAACUGCACCAAGAAUUCUAUGAAUUCUGAAAAACUAAAGGUUGCCGUCUGUUUAUUUUCUGUGAAUGUGAAAAAAUAAGCCAUAAGAAAAUCCACUUCUCCUCCAAGAAGAAGACUCUUGAUAUAAAUGAUACUGAAGUAAGAAGAUAAACUUUAAAAGUUUCUAAUUACCAAGGACGUAGCAUAAAUCAGUUUGGGGGUCCUUUUGUUUUAUUGUUUUUGCAAUAGGAUAUUUCCAGUUAGAAAACUUUUCAUUUCUCUUUUUGAAGUUUAAAGAAGAUUUCCCAAAAGUGAACUUUCCAGCUGCUGUGUUAAGAACACAGAAGGUGUUUAUAGCAUUUACUUCCUCCACAGAUAAGAGGACCUCCCUUAGUUUUCUACAGGGGGUGAGCUGCCAAAGAAGCCUGUGAUAGCAGCUGUUUUUUUUUUUUUCAUAUUUCUUUUUUUCCUCGUGGAUUUUUGAUACUCCACCCCUUCAGACUCAGGUGGGUGUGGGCAUUGGCACUGAGCUGCAGUAGGAUUUUUCCCUGGAUAGUCUGGUCUGGAGCUGGGGUAGCAGCUGCCGCUGUGGAAAGGCCAGCUGGCAAGAUGAUGGAAGAGAUCUCCAUUAUGGUAGCCUAUGAUGCCCAUGUUUUCAGCCAGCUGCACGACGAAGACUUCCUCACUAGUCUCGUGGCCAUCAGCAAGCCCAGAUCGAUGGUACCGACCAAGAAACUGAAGAAAUAUGAGAAAGAAUAUCAGACAAUGCGAGAGAGUCAGCUGCAACAAGAAGACCCGAUGGAUAGAUACAAGAGGGAGAACCGGAGACUACAGGAGGCCAGCAUGAGGCUGGAACAGGAGAAUGAUGACCUCGCCCAUGAACUGGUCACCAGCAAAAUUGCUCUGCGAAACGACUUGGAUCAGGCAGAAGACAAGGCGGAUGUGUUGAAUAAGGAGCUCCUCCUGACCAAACAGAGGCUGGUGGAGGCUGAAGAGGAGAAGAGGAAGCAAGAGGAAGAGACUGCGCAGCUGAAAGAAGUCUUUCGGAAACAGCUGGAGAAGGCAGAAUAUGAAAUAAAGAAGACCACUGCGAUCAUCGCUGAGUAUAAGCAGAUCUGCUCCCAGUUAAGUACCAGACUGGAGAAACAGCAAACAGCCAGCAAGGAGGAGCUGGAAGUGGUAAAGGGUAAGAUGAUGACGUGUAAACACUGCAGUGACAUUUUCAGCAAAGAGGGCACUUUGAAACUAGCGGCCAUCAGCAGAGAGGACCAGGGAAUCGAGCCGGACGAUGAGAAGGACUCCCUGAAGAAGCAGCUGAGGGAGUUGGAGCUGGAAUUGGCGCAGACCAAGCUGCAGCUGGUGGAGGCUAAGUGCAAAAUCCAGGAACUUGAACAUCAGAGAGGAGCCCUUAUGAAUGAAAUCCAAGCUGCAAAAAACUCUUGGUUUAGCAAAACCCUGAACUCUAUCAAAACGGCCACGGGCACCCAGCCGCUGCAGCCACCACAGGCCACCCAGCCACCCAAGGAGAGCACAUAGUUCCAGCCUCGCCCGAGCACAAGAGCACAAUGAUCAAAGUGACAGAAACCCAGGAGGACUCUCCCCAGUGUCCCUUUGAAGGAAAGUAAAGGAGGCCAGAAAGCAAGCCAGAAUCUUUCAGUAGCUCUCUUUCUUGUUUGAUACUUUUCAAAGGGAUGUUACUUAAACUGCCCUGACUUAUGUUGAAUACCUGUUUUCGAGCUUCUUCAUGGGAGGCCACGUUCAGUUCCAUCAUAGUGAUUACACAUUAUUUUAUAUGCCUGAUGUUUAGUUGGAAAUAAGUAAUUCAGAACUAAAUGCCUUUUAUUUAGAACUAAUUAUUCAUAAUUACUUUUAUCUUCCAUAAAAAUGGAGAUGUCUUUUAUUCCAAGGUUGAAGUGAUAAGAUGAUAUUUGUCACAGCAAAUAAAAAAAAAAGAAGAAGAAAGAAAGAAAAAAAGAUUGAAACUGAAAGCUCUUAACUUUUCAGGACUUAUUCACAGAAAGCACACUGUGGGGCCAUUCGUGACGACCAUCAGGUUUCUUCCCGAAAGUGAUUCCCUGGAUAACGAUAAUCCUGUCCAAAGAGUAAACCUGGGAUUGAGCAGUCCCCAAAAGGAAUUAGUUUAUUUUCAUUUUCUGUUGGGUAUAUCUGGAAAUGAAGUGGCAAGAAUCAUAGAAUAAGAUAGACUAUUGACAAUACACGCUAGAUGAAAGGCACUGGGAUUUUGAUAAACGCAGGAGAAGAUAAACCAUUUGGCCCUAGUAUUCUAACGGGUCCUUUUGAGAAACUCUGCAUGGGGAUUGCAUAUUCCUAAGUAUGAACACUUGCAGCAAGCGUGAAGUCAGGAGGGUCUAGUGUGAGCGGCAGCAUUAGGGAACCUUUACCAGACAAGCCUAGAGAAGCCCAGGUUCAGACACUGUGCUUAAAAUGAAAUGGAGAACCAGGGACAGAGUAUUUCAUUUGAUAUUGACAUAUAUUUGCUAAGGAAACACUAAUAUACUGUAGCUUUUUAAAGUUAUGAAAUGGGAAAUACAGGCCAGCUUCACAUGAUCUUAGUUUACUGUUGGGCAACUUUUCCUGAUUUCUGUAUCUCCCUACAAAUGUGCCCUUGGUACCCGAGAGGAAGAGAUGCGAAUGCAUUGGUAACAUUUUUGAUUGAAUACAAAACCUUUAUAGAAAUACUUAUCUCCUGGAAAGGGAAAGCUAGUGUUUAAAAGUUGGUGGAAAUUGUUUUUUCAAUGAUAUUUAACAUGUCUGUGUGGAUCGUCCUUGCAGGAAAUCCUUUGGUAAGGACAAAACCAAUUUUCCCAUCUUCUAAGCUAGUUUGGAGGCCUUCGGUCCUUUGCACCACCCAAACUGCUGCCAGCAUGUACAAUAACAUUUAGUGAUACUCAUCCUUGGCUUCAUUGUUGAACACGUUCUUAGCAAGGACCUUAAACUCUGUAGUGCCACAGGGAUUCUCGUCUGUGCCACAUGUUACAAUUAAGAGUAACACAUUCUUGGAAGUAAAAAUUAAGGAAGAGCCAUCUCGACUCCGGGAGCACGUGCUACAAGUUGCUCGUGGUAGAUCCUUUCCUCCAAAAUGAUCAUUAAACUCUAAAAAGUUAAGUCCCCUUCACUUGUGUUUAUAUCAUCUACAACCCAUUAAACCGAUAUGGAUGUUACCCUUUGUUACACUCAUCAAAUAAUACUUUUUUUACAGAAUUAUUUGUUUGGUCCUGACAUCUUUCAUUAUAAUAUUCAUUUCCUUCUACCAAAAAGAAAAUAAUCCAGCAUUCUUGAGUGUGUGUUGACUAAUAUUCCCUACUCGGUGAUUUAGAAAAGGUAAUCUUUUUGUUGUUGUUGUUUAAAUAUAAUGGCUAGAAAAAUUGCAUCUUGGUACUUGUUUCUGUAAAUCAUUCAGUAUAAUUUUUUAGCUUUGCUGGUACUUUAUGCUUUUAUUCCAGGAAGCCUUGUACAAGUUGCCUUAUGAAAUGGCCAGCUAAAUUAAAGAUGUUCUUUUGUGUUUUGUGACUCUCAUAGUUUUACUGUAAGAGCUCUUUUUAACCUCUAAAAAUCAGCACAUUCCACAGAAUGCCUAAAUUGCAGUAUUUUCCUUACAUCGCAGUUGAGGGACAAAUAGAAUGGCUGUGGGUUCAGUCCUUACCUGUACACCUGGCUCAGUUCCAGAGCCCCUAACAUCUUUUUUUCUUUAAACAAAAUCACCAGGUACCUGCAUUCCAAAUGUGUAAUGUCUUUUGAAUUUUCUCUUAACUCUUUCAAAAGAUUUUAGUGGCCAUCUAUAGAUUUUUUUCUUCUUCUCCAGUUCCAUAUCAUACUUAGGUACGUGUAUUGGUACCAUAAGUCUGAACUGUUCCUUUGUGCAAUGCCUUUGGGUCAGUAGCAAUACUAAAGAUAGAAAAUUCAAAAUUUGGUAUAGGAUAUGAUUAUUCAUUCAAUAUGUUCUCAUAGCACUCUCCCAAACCACAUAUCCUUCCCCACAUACAGUUUGCAAACUUGUGCAUCCCGGUAUUAAGUAACUGCUAGUUUUAAUUUCACUUAUUUUGAAACAUAUUUGAAAAUUGCCACUCUUCUCUUGAAUUUCUUUUAGAUAUCAACUAACCCAAAUAUCUAGGAAAUUUCCAAAUAUUCUAGAGUGGUUUUUUGUCUUUUCCUAGGAUAUGUUGUAGAAAACAUUCCUCCAAAAAAUCCAACAUUUGCAGAAUUCUAAAGAGUGAUGAUUUCUUCGUUCAUUAAAUUCUGCAGAAUAAAUUAAGGGAAUGAAUUUCAAUCUCAUAGUUCAGUUCAUUAGCUUUUGUAUCUCGAGACUCUUAUUUAACACAUUCUUUCAAGCUGAAAGAAACCAGGCUGAAUUUUGCGGUGCACAUGUUUGCUAGCUUCCCACAUCCCAAGCUAUGGCACAAUUUGGUUAUAUUUAGUUACAUAUAAUUUAAUGCAAAGAUAUUCUCAGUUACCUAAUGUCCUGUUUAUGAGUGCUUAUCAGAAACACUAAUAGGAAUGUCAUAUGGGCCUACGACCUCUCUUUCCAUAUAUAACCUCUCUUUCCCUCUCCCAGCUAGUAAGUUAGUAAUUUCUCCACUGGUCGUCUUAAAUUUCCAUAGUAAAGUACAAAAGCAAUCUUUGCACUGAUGUUGGGAUAUUUAAUAAUAAUAGUUAUCUUGUUUCAUAUUUUUUCCAAAAUUUUCAUUCCUUUAUACUAUGUAUUAAUAUUUAUUUUUCUCAAACACCUCCUCCAUUUCCUUAAAAUAUUUAACAGUUAAUAGCUAUGGCUUUAUUUCCCAGAGGAAGUGAGAAAAACAAGAGAAUACACAGUUUAGGGCGUGAGAUGAGAAAUCCUUAAAGGAGUUGAUUUGUUACUGAGGAUGAAGAUCAUGUAUCUAACUAAUGUAAGGGAUCUUGUUUUCUGUAGCUGAAAUCAGCCUAAUUAUCCUGCCAGAGUGGUUGUCUGAUUUCAGGACCUCUUUAAGGGAAAAAUUUAAAAAUAAAUUUAAAAAAUUAAAUACCUGGUCUGUUUUCUCUCUCUGGGAAAGAACACUUUUAAUUACUCAGCAAGAGGAUUCUAUUGUACAACUUCCUCGUUAAAACGAACCACAAAGUCUAAAAUAGCUCUGCUUUUCUUGCUUCAGUUACAAGUAAAUGAGACAAUGGACCAACUCUGUUGUUUAACUUGAACACCGUUAGAUUUGCGUGUGCGCGUGAGUGGUAGGGCUUCACAGGGAGCAUCCCUGCCUUUCUUGUACAGCCAGGUACCGUGCCACUGAAUACAGCCGAGGCCAACCAAAAGUCUAGUGGCCCGUGUCUCCUACUACCAAAUACAGAACUGUCUUUCCCUCUGGUUGCCAUGCUGACGUCACGCUGAGCUGGAACUGUUCUAGAACACCUUUCCUUUCGCAAAGUGACGUCCGUGUAAUACAGGCAAAGCCCUUAAUCUUAGGAAUUCCCCUCUCUCCCAAAAGUUAACCCAAAUGAACACCUCCAUGUGGGCUGUACCUCCACAGCUGAUGACCGUGAGAUGUGAGGAGAAAAGUGGGUGUUUACAAGUAGCUUAGGGACUACAGUGGGCUGUCAGGUGUUCCCUUCCCGGCUUCCAUCUAAAAGACUGCACGGCCAGUGUCUCUCCGAAUGAAUUUGUUGCAUGUUAUAAAGACAUCAUCAACAUGUCCGUUCUCUCCACCUCCGUCCUUGGUCUGUCAUUAGUAGUAUUCUGAAAACUUUAAGAAUAAAGCAUCGUUGAGUAAAAACCAAACAUUUUAAAGUUAUUUUCCUUUUUCAUUGGCAAUGAGUUAAAACAUGUAAAAUCUUUUCCAUUAAAAUGUAACGUUUAAUAACUAUAUUAUAUGUGGAAUAAAGUAUGAGGAAACUCAAUUACAAGUGUAUAAAUGCAUCAGGACCCUGGUGUCAUGCAAGCACAAGAAUAAAGCUGGAGAUGGUCCCAGAAUCCAAGAUGACCCAAUAGCCUUUUGCCUCACUUUCUCCAUUUUUGAUGUUUUGCAUAACGUCUGGAUCCUCAGUUCAAAUGAAGGAAGAACUUUCUCAAUGAGCAUCACUUCCUUUCUUUCAACUCCUACCUUUCCCUUGCUGAGGAGGUAGCAGAAAUUCUGUACCAUUUAUUUUUAUGAGUUCUGUGAUUUUGCCCAUGACUUCUCUGAUGAAAACAGGUUCUAGAAGAAAGGAGUUGAUUGUGCUGACUACAAAAGAAACAUGGAUGAGCAGCCUCUGUGAACACUGACCAAUUCAAUGUUUCCAUAAUUCCAUGUAUUAUGUAUAGUACAUGCUAUCUGUAAAUGUAAUGCUUGUUAAGAAAAGUGCAAUUUAUUGUACAUUGUCCCAAGAAAUGUUUACUUUUUUAACAGUUAUGAACUUGGAUUAGUAUCUUGUUUUCAUGUGUGAAUGAAGCCUUGUGAAAUAAACAAAUUCAACCAAAAGGUGACAAGGUGACUAUUUCUGUGAGUCGGUGAUGUUUUCAGUGGUUUGUGUUGCCCCUUUGGCCCCAUUAAGUAGUAAUAAAUGUUCUGAAGUCCAUAUAUGUCUUUUUGACGUUUCUAGUUGACUUUAUUCUGAAUCCCCUGAACCCACUGUUUACAUAACACUUCUUACCUGACACUAGACUCCAGUCAACUUAGAAAGAAAAACUAUGCCAGGAGUUUGCUCCAGGCUCUACCCUGCAAAUUGGUACCGUGCACGGCAGCACGGCCAAGUGCCCUAUUCUUUCUGUAGAGAUUCCUUGGUUGCAAGUAGCAGACGCUCUCACAGCUAGUUUAAUCAUAAUAAGGCAGUUAAUUAAAAGGACUAGGUAUGGUCAUCUCAUAAAGGCC